GAGCGGGCAGCGCGGGGCGGGCGCUGCCGGGACCGCGACGGGGGCCUGGUGCUGGGAGCCCCGUGGGCCGCGAACGCAGCAGACUCGCUGCGGCAGCCGAGAUCGGGUGCGCGGGAUGAGCCUCACGCGGAAAAAGGGCUUCUACAAGCAGGACGUCAACAAGACCGCCUGGGAGCUGCCCAAGACCUACCUGUCCCCGACGCACGUCGGCAGCGGGGCUUAUGGCUCCGUGUGCUCUGCCAUCGACAAGCGGUCAGGGGAGAAGGUGGCCAUCAAGAAGCUGAGCCGGCCCUUCCAGUCUGAGAUCUUUGCCAAGCGGGCCUAUCGAGAGCUGCUGCUGCUGAAACACAUGCAGCAUGAGAACGUCAUUGGGCUCCUGGACGUCUUCACUCCAGCCUCCUCCCUGCGGAACUUCCAGGACUUCUACCUGGUGAUGCCUUUCAUGCAGACGGACCUGCAGAAGAUCAUGGGCAUGGAGUUCAGUGAGGACAAGAUUCAGUACUUGGUGUAUCAGAUGCUCAAGGGUCUCAAGUACAUCCACUCCGCCGGGGUCAUCCACAGGGACCUAAAGCCGGGCAACCUCGCUGUGAAUGAGGACUGUGAGCUGAAGAUCUUGGAUUUUGGGCUGGCGAGGCAUGCAGACGCCGAGAUGACUGGCUAUGUGGUGACCCGCUGGUACCGGGCCCCUGAGGUUAUCCUAAGCUGGAUGCACUACAACCAGACUGUGGACAUCUGGUCUGUGGGCUGUAUCAUGGCGGAGAUGCUGACGGGGAAAACGCUGUUCAAGGGGAAAGAUUACCUGGACCAAUUGACCCAGAUCCUGAAAGUGACUGGGGUGCCAGGUGCGGAGUUCGUGCAGAAGCUGAAUGACAAAGCGGCCAAGUCCUACAUCCAGUCCCUGCCACAGAGCCCCAAGAAGGAUUUCUCUCAGCUCUUCCCACGCGCCAGCCCCCAGGCCGCAGACCUGCUGGAAAAGAUGCUGGAGCUGGACGUGGACAAGCGCCUGACGGCCUCGCAGGCCCUCGCCCACCCCUUCUUUGAACCCUUCCGGGACCCAGAGGAGGAGACAGAGGCCCAGAAAUUUGAUGAUUCCUUAGAACAUGAGAAACUUACGGUGGACGAAUGGAAGCAGCACAUCUACAAGGAGAUUGUGAACUUCAGCCCCAUUGCCCGGAAGGACUCGCGACGCCGGAGUGGCAUGAAGCUGCAGUGACUUGUCCAGCUGACCCCUGGCUGAGCCCGGGGAUCACCAUGUGGCACCCCCUGCCAGACACUGCCCCUAGGACCAAUAUUUAUUUGUCACUACUGAGCCCUUCUGGGUUACAGCCUUCCAAGCACAGGACUGAGGACCCUAGUCCUUGUGUGGGAAAUAGGCCCAGUAGGUGCAGGUUUCAAAGAUGUUGGUUGGGGGAAAGUAGUUCCGGUCAUAACUGACCACAUUAAAUGCCUGUCUGGAGACUU